AUGGCAAGGAGAACAACAAUAAUAACGACAGCAACAACAACAACAACAACAGCGACAACAAUAACAACAACAAUAACAAGAAUCAGGGAAGGAAGUUGGAAAACCCAAAGAAAUUGUAUAGAUUCACCAGAGAAUCGAAAAUGCUUAUCAGAAUGUUAUCAACAACAAUAUUUGAGGUCAAUGAGCCAUUCUAAUCGAAUCCUAAACAAUUUAAACAUUCCCUAA